AAAAAUAAAGAUAACGUAUCUUAACUAGUUUCAUCCACACACACACACUCAGAGAAAGGGUGAAACAUGGAGAGUUCAAGCAUGGAACAGGAAAAGCUACCAAUCUUUGAGGUUGGGCCUUGUGAAAAUGGUUACCAUUUGGGCUUUCUCAUAGGAAAGAGGUUCUCCAAACAGAUAAGAAGCAGGUUGGCCACAGACCUCAUUCUUCAAAACCAACUUCUCCCUUUUUCCCAAACCCCACAAUUUCAGCCACUCCUCAAAUCACUCUCCGACUCCAACCGGAACAAGUUUCCAACUUACUGGGAUGAACUCUUGGGGACUGCCCAAGGGAGUGGCGUCGCUGUUCUCAAUUUAAUAUUACUUAACUUCAGGAAAGAGAUACUUCCAUUUAUUCCAAAGACAGCUACAAAUUCUAAUGUUGAUCAUACCACAGACGAUGACUGUUUUGAUGUUCUUGUUGUUAGUGAAUCAAUGGCCAUUGCAGCCCACAAUGAGGAUGCAAAUGUCGCUCUACUUGGCCACACCUAUCUGAUCAGGGCGACUCUGUCGAAUGGACUAUCCUUCACUGCUUAUACAUAUGCAGGAGAACUCCCAAGCUGUGCAUUUGGGUUCAACAAUCAUGGACUGGCAUUUACACUGAAUUCAGUACCCCCAUCUGAAAAUGAGAUUGUUAGUGGUGCCAUUGGAAGGAACUUCAUCUCUCGAGAUCUUCUUGAAGCAACAAGCAUGGAUGACGCAUUAACUAGGAUUCAUUCAUCAAAUGCUUCAAUUGGACAUAGUUACAAUCUGAUCGACAUAAGUACUCGUAGAAUUUUGAAUGUUGAAACUGCAUCAAGAGACAGAGUCUCUGUCAAAGAGGUUGGGGCAAUACCAUUCUUCCAUGCCAAUAUGUAUCUCCACCUUCAAAUUCAACAGGUACGCGAUGAGAACUCAUUAAGAAGGCAAAAGAGAGCAGCUUUGCUUCCAAAACAAUCCAAACUUGAUUUCCUCUCUCUCCUUGGAGAUACAGAUGACACCAAGUACCCUAUCUACAUGACUGGUCCAAUUCUUUAUUUUCAGGUCCAAUUCUUUAUACAUUAUGCACAGGCAUGAUUGAUUUGGAUGAAGAAACACUAUCAAUUAUUGAAGGAAAUCCAAAGGAAGGACAAGUGACUCAUGUCUUGAAAAUGUCCUCAAAAGAGGUCAACAUGCCACAAAAAAAGUGCUCGGCAUCGUAGUUUGGUUGUGCAAGUGAAGGGUCUCAAUUCUGCAGCUGAAUUGCGGGCUCAAACAGAGGGCCUAAUAAUGCAUGACCAUUAUAUUCAUUGCAUUGACCAUUAUACUCAUAACCAACACUUGAUAAAAGGGUUGGUUGAAGUGGAAAAUUAUAGACAAUUCCCGGAGUACCGCGUGUCUAUACUUCUAAUCAAUCAUAAUUUAUUCUGUCCUCUCAUAUUCCUCAAUUACACAACACAAUACCUCAUAUACCCACCUUUUCUCCGCCAAUCACAAUAUUAUGAAAUGUCACGUGUAUAUUCCGGGAUUACUGAAGUUGAUAUCAUGUCUUUUGGAAUUACAAGGUUCAAAUGACAUUGUAA